UGUAGUCAGUGGUCACUUUAUGAAAACUGGGAAAAACAAAAAAAAUAUAGGUAGUUAUUUGAUAAAAAGCAAAACACUACGAAAAUGGCUUUUCGUUGUAUAAAUCUUUUUAAAAAUAUAAGGUGUAGUAGUGGUAUUAUCAUGCGCCAUAACCUAUUGUCCACAACCACAAUGGAAAAUAAAUUAAGUGAAAAUAAAGAAUACAAAACUGAGAAUAAUAUCACAUACUUGGAAGAUCCAGAUACUUUUGGGACCAUAGCGGGAAGAGUUCCUUUUCCAGAUACAUUAGAAGACGAGGGGGAUGUGAAAGAAGAACAAUAUUUACAAAACAUACCAUUAAAGUCUCAAAAGCUCUCUACCAAGCAAUAUGCCGAUUUAAUUAAGCAAUACUUAAAACAUAAGCGAAUAAAAGAGGCAAUUGAUAUUCUAGAGAUAAGAAUGUUAAAAGAUGACAGGGUUAAGCCAGAAAACUAUAUUUAUAAUAUAUUAAUUGGUGCUUGUGCUGAAGUAGGUUAUACAAAAAAAGCUUUUAAGCUAUUUAAUGAUAUGAAAAAAAGAGCAUUACAACCUACAGGUGAUACAUACACUUGUCUGUUUGAAGCUUGUAUUAACAGUCCAUGGCCUGCAGAUGGAUUAAAGAUGGCUACUCAUUUAAGAAAUCAUAUGAUUGAAAAGGGUAUAGAACCCAAUCUGACAAAUUACAAUGUCAUGAUUAAGGCAUUUGGAAGAUGUUCAGAUAUACCAACAGCUUUCAAAAUCGUUGACGAAAUGAUAUCUAAGAAAAUUAAGAUUAGAGUGCACACCUUUAAUCACUUGAUACAAGCAUGUAUAUCAGAUAAAGACUAUGGUCUGAAACAUGCACUUAUUGUGUGGAGGAAAAUGUUAAAAAUGAGAGAGAGGCCUAAUGUUUAUUCAUUUAAUCUAAUGCUAAAGUGUGUAAAAGAUUGUAAUUUAGGCUCAAGAGAGGAUUUACUAGAAAUAGUAAGCUUGAUACAGAAGCAUAUGGCUUUAUUACAGAUAAAAGCAAAGGUACUUCAGGAUUCUAAAACCUCUCUUCCAUUACAUAUCCAACACAACAAUGACCAUAAAAAUUUAAACAAUAACCAAACAUUAAAAUUAGAUUGUGCUUCAAAUAAAAUAGCAGAAGAAACUUUAGACUUUGGAAACCAAAUUUUGGAAGAUGUCAAAAUAAAUACAAACAAAACUCAAACACAAACUACAGAUUUAGUAUUAAUUAAUCAGAAUAAUACUAGUUUGGAACUAAUAGAAAAUUACAAAAGACCAGAACAACAUGUGGAAAAAAGAACUGCACCUAAUUUGCUCUCCAAAUUUGUACAGAUUGAUAAAAUAUUAGGUGUUCAAGAAGUUCAUACUCCAAAAGAUAAAUUUGCAAUCAUAGGUGGCCAGGAGGAUUUCCUCAAAGAAAUGGAAGUUAAUUCAGUGAAACCAGAUAUAAAGACUUUGACACAAAUGCUGCCUUUAAUAGAAGAUACUCUAGAAGCUGAAAAUAAACUGCUUGAAACUAUGCAAAUUUUAAAUAUAAAAAGUGACAUAGAUUUCUACAAUGCAUUAAUAAAAAAGAGAUGUUUUAGGCAAGAUUACGAUAGUGCUUUUGAAGUCAGAGAAAUUAUUAAAAAGGAAAAUAAGUUAAGGAAAAGACACCCAUUGAAUAAGAAGCACAAUGUAAAACUUAAUGUUAUGACUUACGGUGUUCUUGCCUUAGGUUGCACUACAAAAGAAAAAGCUGAAACACUACUAAGUGAAAUGGUUGAUAAAAAAUUCAAGGUAAACAUUGAAAUUUUGGGUACAUUAUUGAAGAAUGCCACUUUCCAAAUGCAAUUUGGUUACAUCUUAUACAUUAUGGAAAUAGUGAAGAGAGAAAAUAUAAGAGUAAAUGAUGCCUUUAUUAAGCAUUUGGAGAUUUUUAACGAUAGAUGCCUAAAAAUUAUACAAAAGAAUGAUCAGAAAAACAGAGAAAGUCCAGUAAUUGCAGCCGCUUACAACAGAUUUAGUCACAUUUAUAAUAACUGGUUGAAAGAGAUCAAUGUGGAAGAAGCGUUAAAACCAGAACACCCUUGGAAGCAAUUUAUGGAACCACAUCCAACUCCAGUUCAGAGAGAAAGCUUUAAAAUCGUAGAACCUAAGAAGUUUUACAAAAGAAAUCGUAGAUUUGGUAAAUAUUGUCCUAAAGUGUAAAUAUAAAAUAGAGUAUAGU